AUGCUCAGGAAAAAUGCCUGCAAAGUUUUCUGCAUUGGGCUGAUUCUGGUUAUAGCCUGCAAUCUCCUCCUAUUAUUUUAUACCAAAGCGACUUUACAAAGGUUGAUUCUGAGCAGUCUCCAAAAGGAGCUUCAUUUGCCACUGUCGGAAUGGAACGGGACAGUGAUAAAGAGACUCUCUCACUUGGAGUUGGAUUUGCAGCACCUGAAAGAAACUAUGAAAUUGUCUAUGAAGCAACAAAAAAAUGUGGACAACACACUGGAGAAGGUGGAAGCCAAAGUGAGUGAGAAGGAGAAGCACAAACCUAGAGAGAAACUCUUCCCAGACUCACCGCUUUUCAAGCAGUGGGGGGAGGAUCUUUCUGAGGCUGAGCAGAAAACGGCCCAGGACCUCUUCCAGAAGUUUGGUUACAAUGCUUAUCUCAGUAACCAGUUACCCCUCAAUCGUCCCAUCCCAGACACGCGAGAUUCCAGGUGCCUUCAGAAGACAUAUUCGUCACAGCUCCCAUCCCUCAGUGUCAUUCUCAUAUUCAUGAACGAGGCUCUGUCCAUUAUACAACGGGCCAUCGCCAGUGUCAUCAACCGGACCCCCUCGCGACUAUUGAAGGAGAUCAUCUUGGUGGAUGAUUUUAGCUCAAAUGGCCGGCUNGAACUGGAGAAGUAUGGAGUGGCAGUUGAUGGGUUUAACUGGCAAUUAUGGUGCCGCUAUGAUGCACUGCCAAAGGCCUGGCUUGAUCUGAAUGAUGUCACUGCUCCGGUGAAGAGUCCUUCCAUCAUGGGUAUCCUGGCUGCCAACAGGCUCUUCUUGGGAAAGAUCGGCUCUCUGGAUGGUGGGAUGCUGGUUUAUGGAGGAGAAAAUGUGGAACUUAGCCUGAGG